GUGAAAGCAACAUUCACCACAGCCUGUACACGCAGCAAGACGUAUCUCAGUGCUUUCAAGGGAUCUGCUAUACAUGUUCUGUGGAAACAAAUGGAAGGGAAGGGAAUAUGAUCAUCACAGCUUUGUUGACAUGAUGGACUUUCAUCUGAAAUGUAGGUUACCUCUGAGAUGAUGGAGGACAUGAACGGACUCUGCCAUGUGAUGGAGGAGAGUGAGGUGGAUGUUCAAGCAAGACAAACCAAAGCUCAGCCACAGGCCAACAACAGCAGACCUAGCUGGUUAAAUGGUCAGUGUGUUGUGGCGGUGCCGAGCUGCUCAGCGCUAAACCCCAGCUUUGAUCUGUCUCUGUGUCGAGCCAAACUGGAGAGCGAUGGCUUCCAGAUUCCAGUCAGAGACAUGGAGGCUCCACUGAAGGCAGCUCUGGAUGUUCCCUCAGUCAGGAGAUACAUGGUUUUCAACUCAGCUCUCUUCCAUUUUGUACUGGCACCGGUGAUGUAUGUGGUCGUGUGGUGUGCCGUGUUCUCCACCCUCCACCUCUACAUCACUGUCAGUGACUACUGGGUCCUCUGUCUCUCUGUCAGCCUGGUCUCCAUCUUCCUCACCACUGCCAUCAUUUUCAUCCUCCACCACAGUAACAAGGAGCUCAACAUGAAUUUAGAUGUUCGGUUAAUCCAGGUGAACGAGAGGAUGGCGAGGCACAAGCUGCUGGUGGCCGUGGCCGACUGGGUGCAGAACUGCACAGGACACAUGCAGCUGUACUUUGUUUAUUGGGACAUGUCCCGCUGUCUGAGGGCACUGACUGAAACUUUAGAGGAGCGCAGCUUUGUGGCGAAUGACACCCAGAACAAACUGAAGAAGAGGAUGUCUCAUCUUGUCCUCAUGGCCGAGGCAGCAGCUGUUGACCCCGAGGUCAGUGAGUCAGAAGUGGAGCAGAGCUCAGAUGAACACAGGCCUCUGCUGAGAGCUGAGGAGGCAAGCUGCAGUACCUCAUCCAGCCAGCGGGAGGACGCCAAAGUCACCACCAACUACAGCCUCGUCCCCGAUGCAUCCUUACCUGCUCAGGCUAAAGCCUACCAGCUUCUGAUGACUUACAGUGCAGCUUAUGUGAAGCUGCUGGUGUCGGAGAGGCUGUCAGGACCGUCACACUACCGCCUACGUCCCCGGAGGAAUCACUGCACCACAGCCCCUUUCUGCCUCUGCCAGUACAUCAGAAAGAAGAUCCUUCGAUAACAGAGCUGCCAAACCAGGAAGCUGGUACAGAGAACUGGUGGACUACACUCAGUACCUUUGCUUUGCAUGCAUUCUCGUGAGCAGACAAACUGACAUGAAGGAGAAAGCAUGGAUUAGGUUACAUGUUGAAGGACAUUUUGAUCAAGUGGACGACCUGUUUGGAGCAUCGCACUCUUGAUUUCUCUGUUUUUAAGGCUGUUUCUCCAGCCUGCAGGCUACUGUACGUCUGCUGCUGUGUUCACGCCAGGCCUGUGUUUGCACCACCUGGAUCCUUGUACAUUUGGUCCCAACAAUGUCUGCACUCUGCCAAAUGCUGUGACACUGAGAACACACUGAGGUCUGUUCCAGCUGCUGUAAAACAACAUUUGUACUCUUGUACACAUGAGACUCACGGCCUUAGUUACUGCUGUUUCAGUUAUUUGCACACAUAAUGAAUAUUGAUUCUUGUGAUUUGAUUUUCAGUAGAUUGUACAGUAUUUGUCUUCUGUUUAACUGAAGGCAGUGGUGGAAAGUCUCACACUCUUUACUUGAGUAUUUCCAUUAUAUGCUACUGUAUACUUCUACUCCACUACAUCUCAGAGUGAAAUAUUGUAUUUUUUAGUCUUCUAAUUUCCAUAUCCGACAGCUAUAAUUACGUCUUACUUGUCAGAUUAGGAUUUUACAUUAAACACAUAUAAGAUUAUAAAAUACAACAUUUUGUCAAAGAUUAAAGUAGUGCUUUCCAA